AUUUCAUUUCCAGACAUUUGCCGAAUACUGGAAUUCUUACCUCGCGACCUUGGCAAAGCUCUCAGUGGUCACGUGAUAACAACUGUACAAGUAGAAACUGUCGUGCAAUGCGAGGUUAGAUGUUUCCAGGAACCUAACUGUCUCUCCUACAAUCUGGGACCUUAUCAGGCUUAUGAACACACCUGUGAGCUCAGUAAUUCAGACCGCGUGCUGCACCCUAAUGAUUUGGUUCUCAAGCCAGGCUACACAUACAGAGUUAAUUUGAUAGAAAAUCACUUUAGAUGAGUUUGUUGAUUCCACAUCAUGUACAACAAUUGGAACUAACGGUGAAUCUUCUUUAGGGUGAAUCUUGGUGACUAUUCAGAGCCGGUUUAAACAAUAAAGCAAGAAAUUUUGAAUCAGUUUAGACCUAUUUUGCAGCUGGCAUCAAACUGAUGCCCUUCAAGGUAGAUCUUAACUCUCUUUGUUUCAGAAUGGUUGCUCGUCAAUUCUGUGUCUUAACAAAGCUACUUGCCUUUCACUGACACCAACUACCUUUCAGUGCCUUUGUAGCUCAGGAUGUAACGGGAUUAAUUGCGAAAGCAUAAUACCGCGUGAUGUACGUUUCGAGAUAGGAUCUUAACAUCUGUGAAGGGGAAAACGGCAUUCCUAUCCCGUCUGUCCUCAAAUCCUUGCCGUAUGGAGAAUUUCUGUAGCAUAAACGCAGUCCAUGGAUUUGCUACAACCAAUUUCCUUGGGCUGCUGGGUCAGUAAUUUAUCAGAAUCAGGUUGAUGGUAGGUAAUAUGUAUGACCCACCAAGGAACUUCUGAAACGUUCAGUGAAAUAGAUAACAUUACUAUGAGUCUCUUAUAGCCAGCUCAGUGGUAGAGUAUCUGAGAUGCCAUGUCAGGAAUUCCUUUGGUAGCAAUAUUAGUUUGUCUUCUCGAACAGGACACAAUUCACAAGUUCUCUUUUAAGGACAAUCGAUUUAUUCCCGCAGUUCUUUUUAAAACUCAUGAUGAAAAAGGGUUGUGCUUGAUUGUACCCACAUGCAAAAACUGUCAUUCAAAGAUUUUAACUUUGUUCGGCCCCAUUCGCCAGCAGCCAUUUGAAGAACUUUAUCUUUGACUGUAUUAGGUAGCUUCCGCCUUCCUACAUAAAAGAACUGUAAAUUAUUGUUUUCAAAAUGUUCUUAAAAAUACGCCCUUAACAGUUCGACCAAGCAAUAGUCACGAAUGGCAACUCGUCAACUCCAUGUCUGAACAAUGCUGCUUGUGUUUCACUGACACCAACAACUUUCCAGUGCCUGUGUUCGGCUGGAUUUACUGGGAUCAACUGUGAAACCCUCGUACGGCCGCUGGUAAGUUAUGUGAUGCGAACUUUGGAAAAAGAUGGCGGUAUAAAUAACUUUUGUCACAUGUACCUGCCAUAGUUUAUUGGCUUGGUUACCUAAAUUGUAGGAUAUUCGCUUUAGUUUUUAUGCCCUUCACAACUCAACUAAACUAUCUUUCUUUAGGAUGGUUGCUCGUCAAGUCCGUGUCGAAACAAUGCUACUUGUCUUUCAAGGCCAACAACUUUCCAGUGCAUAUGUUCCGAGGGAUUUACCGGGAUCAACUGUGAAACCAUCAUUGGUCAGGGUAGGUCGGUCUUGUCUCUAGCGUUAGCGUCGCGUUUUGAAAAACGAAAAGCUCCUGAGGACGAGUUUAUCUCAUAAAACUCGCAAUUAACUUUUAUUUUUCUGCCGUAAAAAAUCCUUACUUAUGGAUGACAGUGCGUGAUUUCUUUUUCAAUUGUUAUCAAGGAAAGGACUACCAAGCCAUAAAGACCCAAUUCCCGCAAGCUCCUAAUGGAAUGUACCAGGUCCAACCAGAUACCAGCAAACUCUGGGUCUAUUGUGAUAUGACGUAAUUUGGCGGAGGCUGGACAAUGUGUUAUUCAAUUUAUGACACUUUUGAUCUUAAGAAGGAGGUGACGUAUAACGCGAGUCUGCCUUACCGAACAAAUGGUUACCGAAUUGACUAUAAUAAUAUCCAGGUAAAGCCACCAUUUUUAAAAUACUCCAAUACCUAAUACCUUAUUGGGUGAAUAGAACGAAACAGGGAGGCGAUUGGGUGGGUGGUCAUUCAGCUACAUUUGUCGUGUAGUUACUCACUAGGAGCUAAAGCAGUCAGGACAAAAAUGACGAGAAAAAAGUCAGUUAUAUAGAAAUAACGCAUGGGUGUGCGAACAUCUGGAAUUUCUCUUCGAGUUGAACACGAGAAAAUGUUUUUUGAUGUAAGAUUUAUAAAAAUUUAAUUAUGUAAAAACCGUAGGCCUGUAUUAACAAGAAAAGCCACCAAGCGACCUUGACUUGAGAAUGAUGAACGCUUUGUCAUUCGUUCAUCAAGCUGACGGAGUGACACGAAAGGCGAGUGACGUAUCAGCAGCUGAUUGGCGAUAUCAAACACGCGUAAAAAAAUUAUCGUAAUUUUACGCGUGUACAGUUAUGGCUCUUCUCAAUGCUGGAAAUCCUAAUAAAUAAUAAUAGUAAUUGUUAUAAUAAUAAUAAUAAUAAUAAUAAUAAUAGUCAUAAUAAUAAUAAUAAUAGUCAUAAUAAUAAUAAUAAUAGUCAUAAUAAUAAUAAUAAUAGUCAUUAUAAUAAUAAUUAUUAUAAUAAUAAUAAUAGUAGCUAUGAUAAUUAUAAACUUGAAAAAAAUUCGAAUUGUUGAACGUGUUCACCGUCUCCAACGACUCUAGAUCUAAUUUUUAGCAUAACAUAUGAGCAUCAUUGAAUUCUGGCUACAAAGAAAAUGAUUUGCCACUGGGUUUCCCUUUUCCAGACCAUGCAAAUGCUUAUUAUUUCACAUUGUUAUGUGGCCGAGCACGGGCUAUGAAAUGCACAAAGUUUGAAAACGCACGUGAUGAGCUAUUGUUCCUCUCAGUGGCUCCCUGAUCUGAUUGUUAAUUCUCCCCUCUAGCCGCUACAAAUUUCCUUGUAAAUUAGUUAUGAGAAUUUGGCGUUAAAAAAAAUAACAUUGUUUACCUGAUAAUUUCGAGUACAGCUCCUUACUCGGGCGAUUAUAUUACACGACGAAGAAUAAACAAGGAAAAAUAAAAUAUUUUUCAUUCUUUUUUUUAUAGCUUCGUGAGAUAAUGUUUGUGGAUGAAAUAUCGGAAGAAAAAGCUGCCUUCACCUACAAGCCUGAUUCUACAGUUGUAGCACGAGGAAAUUACGACAACCCACUGCCUGAACUGUGGCAAAGUAUCGGUGUAGCUACCACAAGUUAUAAAUACCAGCUGCUUUUCUGUAACUGA